CACGCGCCGCACCAACCCGGACACGAACUCCUCGUUGCCUCCUCAGCGCGAUGGGCGCGCGCCCUUGUUCCUUAAAAAGAAACUACAGUUCCAUGACGGCAGUGGGAGGGGUCGUCGAGUAACGAGCCGGGGCGGGGUUUUUUUCCAGCACUUUGGAAGCAACAAGUCGCUGAAGGCGGUCACUGGUCUGCAUCGUGUCUCCGGCGGCAGGUGGUCACGGCGCGUCGUGGAUCGUGGACGGGGACUAUGAGCGCGCGACCUUCGGACAGAACACUGCUGACUGCUCUCAACUCGCUCAGUUUCACUUUUGACUCACUCCGAUACGCGCACCGUAAAUAGUGGUGAAUUUAGCUGAAUUGACGCGCGUGCGUAGUGUUCUCUGCGCCUUUUGACACUUUUAUUUUUAUUUUUAUUUUUUUUAAUGUGGAAUUGUAAAUAAUGGCCUUCGCUAGAUUCAGCAAAAUAUUCCGUCUGCCUCCCAUUGAUCUCAAGAAGAAGCUCAAGCAGUACGAGCACGUUCACCGGGACAUCGACCCCAACGAUUUAUGGGAAAUUAUCGGCGAGCUGGGCGACGGCGCCUUUGGAAAAGUCUACAAGGCCAGGAACAAGGAGACGGGAGCUCUCGCUGCGGCCAAAGUGAUCGAGACUAAAUGUGAGGAGGAGCUGGAGGACUACAUCGUGGAGAUUGACAUCCUGGCCCAAUGUGACCACCGCUACAUCGUCAAGCUGCUCGAUGCCUUCUACCAUGACAACAAUCUGUGGAUCAUGAUUGAGUUCUGCCCCGGAGGUGCCGUGGAUGCCAUCAUGCUGGAGUUGGAUCGAGGGCUGACGGAGCCGCAGAUCAAAGUGGUGUGUCGCCAGAUGCUGGAAGCUCUGGAUUACCUCCACAGCAUGAAGAUCAUCCACAGAGACCUGAAGGCUGGUAACAUCCUCCUCAUGCUGGAUGGAGACAUCAAACUGGCUGAUUUCGGCGUGUCUGCAAAGAACACCAAAACGUUACAAAGAAGAGAUUCUUUCAUUGGAACGCCGUACUGGAUGGCGCCGGAGGUGGUGAUGUGCGAGACCAUGAAGGACGCUCCGUACGACUACAAGGCCGACAUCUGGUCUCUGGGAAUUACUCUGAUUGAGCUCGCCCAGAUUGAGCCCCCGCACCACGAGCUCAACCCCAUGAGGGUGCUGCUGAAGAUCGCCAAGGCGGAGCCGCCCACCCUGGAGCAGCCGCAUAAAUGGUCGAAAGACUUUAAAGAUUUCCUGAAGAAAGCGUUGGACAAAAACCCAGAGACCCGGCCAACUAUAGCUCAACUCAUGGAGCACCCCUUCGUGAAAUCGGUGACGUCUAACCGUCCGCUGCGGGAGCUGGUGGCCGAGGCCAAGGCGGAGGUCAUGGAGGAAAUCGAGGACAAUAGGGAGGAAGGCGAGGAGGACAACACCAUGGAGCUUUCUGUGGCCUCGGGAAAGGAACCAUGCCAGACUAGUGAGACCAGUUUGGAAGGAGAGCAGACUGGGGACACGCCGAGCCCAACCACGGCCACCCCGACGCCGCUACCCAGGAAGGGGGCUGAGUGGCAGCCGGGCCCCAUCGCGGUGGUCCCUGUUCCUCUACCACGGCACCUCCCUGCAGGGGAUCCAGGGGAGUUGAACGACAAGCUGACCGACGAAGUCCUCAAUGAGUCCGAGAAAUCUGAGAGCGAGGCCUCGACCAAGACCUCCAACUCCGAUUCGGGCAUUGAGGACGGGAAGAGUACCCCCACAUCGGAGGAGAAGGUUGCCGUGGGGACCCCAGAUGAGGAUCAGCUGCCAUCAGGUCUCCAGCGGGAAGCUUCUGAGGAAGACGUGGACAUCAUCAUCAUACAGUCGACUGACCCGGAGGCGCCGCCGGUCCAGGCGGCCGAGGAGGUGGAGGAGGAGGAGGAGGAGGAGGGCAAAGCCAUUCCCGCUGAAGGCUUACCGACUCCGGGCCCGAGUCCCAGUGUCACUCCUGCAGCCGCUCCCGCGCCCUCCGCUGCUCCCACCCCAGUGGAUGCACGUCGGUCGGAGGCAAAUGGUGGCCCAAUGAAGCGCACCCCAGAGCGGGCGUCGACGGGAGAGAACGGGGUGUCUCCUUAUAUCACCGGGGGGAUUAUAAACAAUCGGUUCUCGUAUUCAGGCAGCGUGGCGUCAGAGAGCAUGGACAUGUCAUCAAGGGACUUCUCAAGUAAGACUCUAAAGCGAACCAGGAAGUUUCUUAUUGACGGCGUGGAGGUGAGCGUGACCACCUCCAAAAUCAUUCGGGAUGAUGAGAAGAAAGAUGAGGAGAUGAGAUUCCUGAGGCGCCAAGAGCUGCGGGAGCUGCGUUACCUGCAGAAGGACGAGCAGCGUGCUCAGGCUGCUCUGAACGCCAAGCUGGAAACACAGAGAGAACAAAUGCAGAGACGCAAUGACCAGGACAUGAAUACCAAGAAAAAGCACUACGAUGUGGAGCUGGAGACCCUGGAAAAGAACCAAAAGCAAACCAUUGAGAAGAUGGAAAGUGAUCACCAUAUUAAACUCAAGGAAGAGACCAGACGCAUCAAAGCCGAACAGGAGCGCGCCCUCCAGAAGUUUCAGGAGGGUUUAAAACAAAAGAAAAAGGAGGUAAAACAUUCUGUUGAUAAGCUGCCCAGGAGUGAGCGGAAAGAAUCCCUGAAGAUGAGGAUGAACUCCUUCCAAGAAUCAAAGACUAAGGAUGAGGAGAAAUUCUUGGCAGGUCAGAAGAACCACAUGGACACAACGAUAAGCAGAAUCAUCUCUAGCAACAAGAAAGAGAUUGCAGAAACGGAGAGGCAAUGCCUUGAGAGGAAACAGCAGCUAAUCAGAGAGCGUGAAGCGACCGUGUGGGACAUGGAGGAGAAGAACCUUUACGAAAGACACCAGUUAUUGAAGCAGCAGUUGAAAGACCAGUACUUCCUGCAGAGGCACCAGCUCCUCAAAAAGCACGAGAAGGAACAAGAGCAGAUGCAGUGCUACAAUCAGCGCAUGAUUGAGAUCCUGAAAGCUCGGCAGCAGCAGGAGAAGAACCGGCAGCCAAAGAUCCAGCGCGGAGAGGCGAAGACCCGCAUGGCCAUGUUCAAGAAAAGCCUGCGCAUCAACUCAACGGGCAGCUCCUCGGAGGACCGAGAGAAGAUCAAGCAGUUCUCCGUGCAGGAGGACAAGCGGCAGAAGGCCGAGAGGCUUCAUCUGCAGCAGAAGCACGAGAGCCAGAUGAGAGAUAUGAUCGGCCGGUGUGACAGUAACAUCAGAGAGCUGCAGCAUUUACAGAAUGAAAAAUGUCACAUGUUGGUUGAGAAUGAGACUCUGAGACUGAAGCAAUUGGAUGAAACGCACAACCAGCUGAUGAAGGACUGGAGGGACCAACUGAAACCCAGAAAGAAGACCCUUGAAGAUGAGUUAAACAUGAAGAAAAGGGAACAGGAGGCUUUCUUUAACAUGGGUGGGAAUUCGGAUUGCCCGAACCCAAGUUCUCCCAACAGACUCUCCAAGUUCGUGCCGUACCAAGACUCUUCCACAACAUAAAAACAUCCUCUGUGGCUCCACCCACCGAACCAGUUCUCCCACUGGCGUUAUCAGCUUUAAUUUGCUUUACCUGUGAAGGCAGCAUACCUAUCCCUCCAUUGGGUCCUUUUUUAAAAUCAUUUUAGUGAAUAUUUAUGGUUUUACAAAAAAGUUUUCGAUGGAUUUAAAACUCAUGUGCUUUGCAUGACCAGAUUCAGAUUACAUCCGCUCCCGGACGAACCACGGCGGUAAUAUAAUCCAGUGGCGUUGAGUUGACGAUGCCAAAACUGAUGGGAACAAUUUAUUUUUGCAGAGCAAGGAAUGUUUGUUCGUAUGAGCACUGGUGAGCCCGUACAUACGCACUUUUCCUUUAACUAUCACUGCCAUCCUCCAAAUAUUAUGGCCUGCGACGCACCCACAAUUUGACCAUUUUCUUUCCACGUUUCUGAAUGCCUUGGAUCACUGACCCGUUUGGUCCCUAAGUUGUAUAGCAGCAUAUUGUAUUUAUUUUUCACUGACCAAGAACAACCAUCACUGUAAAUGCUUUGUAUUGUCUUUUGUAAUGGGGGAUUAGGGUAAAUCAAGAUACAAGUUUGUUUCUUUUUCUGAUUACUUGGAUAUACAUUUUUUUUAAUUCUCAUUGCUAUUCAUAGCGUGUUGCUAUUGUGGCAUUUGUUUUUUUGUGUUGUAAUUUUACUGUAACUUCACUCACACUGGAUGGGAACCGAUGAAGCCAAAGCAAAAUCUUUGUUCUUUGAAAGAGGUUGGAUAGGGGAUUUAAAUUAAGACAUUUACCAAGUGUAAAUUUAUUAUGUGCAGUAAAUGGACUGCCUGCAAACCAAAGUGCAAUAAUACAUGUAUGUCUUUGCUAAGCUUAAAGAGCUUUAUUUUUCUUAGCACUAAGAGGGGGAAUUAUAUGAUGGUUUAACUUAAUAGAUUUAAAAAAACUUUUUUUCUUAUUUUUCAAAGAGUUACAAAUUAAUAUUUUGAAAGAGAUUUCCUUUUUUUUUUUUAAAUCAUCUGAUUUUAUAACCAAACUCUUCAUAUCAUGUCAUGGGAGUGUUACAAUUCAGCCUGAUGUAAGAUGGCUGUAGGUGUUGAAUCUUAAGUUCCUCAGUGGAAAGGUUUAGGUUUUUUUUUUUUUUUUUAAUUGGCCUGAAGAUUCAAAUUGAACCAGGUCAGUAAUCAGGUACAGUUUUAUAUCUCUUCCUCUCAUACAUUUUCUAAGAAGUAUUUAGAUUAGUUGUAAAGAUUCUCUUUUGUCAUUUUUAAUGGAAUCAUGAAUGCCUUCCUGUCUGCCUCAGUUUACAUGAUAUUGUUUGUAUGGGAGGGGGUGUGAAUGAAACUGUAAAAGAAGGAAAACCACUGGUGUACAUUUUCUCAAUAAAGGCAGAUUUUCUAAUUAAUAUA